CGGAGUGGAGCAGAGUCUCAGUCUCGCAGUCAAAGCGGGAGCAGAGGGAACGAGCCUUCAGGCGGCGAGGAGCAGAGCCGGGACCAGGACUCCGGGGUCAAAACUUUUCCCGGGGACAGUGUGGCCCUGUGCCAGCUUCACCUGGCCCUUGCCCACCUUUCAGCUUCAGGUCUCUACCCUCUGUCCUGGAGGCCACCCAUGCCAGCCAUCCCCGCAGAGGACAACAAACUUUCUUAGGGUCGCCGCCUCUGUGGGGGCCAGGCUGGACCAGGAGGAGCACGUGGCCAUACAGACAGAUGGACAGAAGGCCAGGUCAGCGGCCAGCCUGUCCUCCCAGUCUCACCUCUCGUAGACAGAAGCAGCGUGAGCGGCCGAGGGCCUAGGGCUCCACGAGGGCAGACGAGCCUGCCGGACCUUUGUCCACCACCAGCCUCCUCCGCGUCCAGGCAGCUGGCAGCUGUGGCCCAGACCUGGGGGUCAGAGCAGGAACCCACGCCAAGCGGAGACACAGGCUCUUCCACACACCGAGGCGACGGGCAACCUGACUGGGAAGGCACAGGUGGCUGGUGGGCAGGUGCGGGGCCCUGAGGCCGACAGGCUGCUGACCCUGGAGCACUCUGGCUCGGGGACCCCUGCCCAGGCUGGGGAAGAUGCUGCCGAGGUCACCACCAGCCACCCCUGCCCUGUCCUGGAGCUGCCUCCGGCCUGGCCCAUGGGCUGUGGGGCCGACGAUGUGCCGGCCUUCUGCUUCGUCUGCUUCCACAAGGAGGAGGAGGAGGAGCUGCUGGAAGAGGUCCCGCUGCGGAGGGAGAAGAUGAGCGUGGGCUGCCCAGAGCCCGAACCGCCCCGCUCCCUGCCCUGCUGUGGGCCGGGGACGGCCCCUGGGCCGGGUGCAGGCGUGCCUCUCCUCACUGAAGACAUGCAGGCACUGACCCUGCGCACCUUGGCUGCUAGCGAUGUCACCAAGCACUACGAGCUUGUCCGAGAGCUGGGCAAAGGCACCUACGGGAAGGUCGACCUGGUGGCCUACAAGGGCACAGGCACGAAAAUGGCACUGAAGUUUGUGAACAAGAGCAAAACCAAGCUGAAGAACUUCCUGCGGGAGGUGAGCAUCACCAACAGCCUGUCGUCCAGCCCCUUCAUCAUCAAGGUGUUCGAUGUGGUCUUUGAGACCGAGGACUGCUAUGUCUUCGCCCAGGAGUACGCACCCGCUGGGGACCUGUUUGACAUCAUCCCUCCUCAGGUCGGGCUCCCAGAGGACACGGUGAAACGCUGUGUGCAGCAGCUGGGGCUGGCGCUGGACUUCAUGCACGGGCGGCAGCUGGUGCACCGCGACAUCAAGCCUGAGAACGUGCUGCUGUUCGACCGCGAGUGCCGCCGCGUCAAGCUGGCGGACUUCGGCAUGACGCGCCGCGUGGGCUGCCGCGUGAAGCGCGUGAGCGGCACCAUCCCGUACACGGCGCCCGAGGUGUGCCAGGCGGGCCGCGCCGAUGGCUUCGCGGUGGACACGGGCGUGGACGUGUGGGCCUUCGGCGUGCUCAUCUUCUGCGUGCUCACGGGCAACUUCCCAUGGGAGGCGGCGUCGGGAGCCGACGCCUUCUUCGAGGAGUUCGUGCGCUGGCAGCGCGGCCGCCU